AGGUGUUUGUGGAAAUAAAGUCGUACACUGAAAAUAUUGCAAUAUUUAAUGAUUGGCCUGCAGAUGUCUCCUUCAUUACUGAGUUAAUUACAGCUGACAGUUUUUUUUAAAGAAUGUGAAUCAGAAAAAAAAGAAAAUGCAGUUGUUGGACAGUCUGUGUAUGAUAGCGUCAGAUAAUACAAUAAUAAAAUUAAAUAUGUAAAUGUUUGUUAAAGCCACUUCCUGAAUUAUGAAAUGCCGAAGUGAAAGUAAUAAACGGUGAGACGACGCCCUACAGACGAACGAAUGUUUCAUCCUGUUUUUAACCCGUCAUAACGCGUCAAAUCAUCUUCAACUGAUCUGUCCGUUCUUCAUCCAGCGACCAUGAACUUAAUGCAUCUUAUUCCGCUGUCCUGUCUCGCUGUGGCGAGCGCUACAGGAGACUCUGGUGUGCCUGGCUCACAUAAAACAGUUAAAGUGGAAGUUGGUGAUGACGCCAUUCUGCCAUGCCAACUGGAAACCCCAUAUGACAAGAAGACUCAAAAAGUGGAGUGGACUCGCAAUGACAAAGAUGUGCACCUCUAUCGAAACGAGAAGGAUGACCUAACUGAUCAGGAUCAGCAUUUUAAAGGCAGAACAGCUCUCUUCCAUGAUGAAAUGGCCAAAGGAAAUAUUUCACUAAAACUGAGCAAAGUAAAUGAACGGGAUGAGGGAAAUUACACUUGCCGUGUCGAUUCAAGUCAGGACCCACAAUGCAACAUUCUCCUCAGUGUUGAAAACAAGAGUAACACAGAAGAAUGGAAUAAACCUGAGCCAGAACCAGAAACAAAGCCAGAGCUAACAACGUUUUGGGGAAACUUAGGCUUCAUUGCUUUGGUCAUCCCUGUCAUUGCCAUUUUUGUCUUUUCGAUAUGGUGGAAAUGUAGAAAUAACAAUGCUGUGCCAAAUAGAGAUAACGAGCUGGAACCACUGAGGGAAAGGAACGGAGAAAAUCAGAGAGAUUCUGACAUGGUGGGUCCAGAGCCAGAGCCAGAGGCAGAGCCAGAGGCAGAGCCAGAGCCAGAGCCAGAAGCACAGCCUGUGCCAGGGCCAAAUCAUGAUGAUGGUACGAGUGUCAGUCCAUACAGGAGAGGACACAACAAACAAAACAACCAAGGGGAAGAACCAGGACAAUGAGUCUGAAGAACAUGGGAAACAACAGUGACACGACGACUUAUUAGUACGUAUUAGUAUAGCUUUUGUUUUUUUGACCCAGCUACCAAUCUUGAAACCCAUCAGCUAUCAGUGUGAAAACAAUAAGCUUCUGUUGCCCAAAGAUUCUGCAUACAUAUGCAGAUUUCACUUUAUAGAGAUUACCCACUUACCUCAAAAAAUAACUGUUAUUCUAUACAAAUAUUUUCUAUCGGGUGCCUCCAGUUAAAGACCCGGCUCAGCGCUGCACAAUAUAUCGGUCCACUACAAACACUGUGAUGUGUGCAUGCAUAACAGUCACGUCCCAGAACGUGCAAUAUAAAGUAAAUUAAUUCACACACUUCAUGCUACGACUCUUUGCUGAUUGAUACAAGGGGAAAACUUGCACGGUUCUCAUUUCCCCUUUAAGACAGGUUACGUGUUAGUCUGUAGGCAAACCCUGGAGAUCUUGCCUCCGGAUGAAGAGUGGAAGAGCCCUGGUUUCCGGUUGUAGGCUGUUUGUAGUCCGCGUGAUAUUGAUCAAUCACGUUUGAGCCGGCUGCAGUUGUUGCCAGGUUAAACGGACCGUGUGGUGAACUAACGAGGCAGAACAUAAUUGGUGUCACUGCAAACUCUGAAUCCAUCGCAAUGGUUCAGCAUAUUUACUUAUACGUAUAUAAACGGAAGUCGGAAACGGAAAUUCGCCUCCUCCGCCCAAAUCAAACCAGAAUGCCAAAAAAUCGGGGGUCUGCCCCCAGAGGCUGUAUCGCCGUCUGCCAGAAGUCAGACGCUGAAUAAAGCCGAUGGGUUCCGAGAAUGGUUACGUGUAUAUGUGAGGUAGUCUGGUGGCAUUUCUUACAAGAAAUAAUAUAUAUAUUAUAAGACUCUCUUGUGUGUGUAUAGUAAAGUGCUGUAACAGGGAAGGCAAGUGCCGCAGACACAGUGAAGCGCCUGCUUUCCAAAGCUACAGCAGUCACAAGAGAUUGACUUGAUAAUCUCAGGUUCCUGUAUAACAAUUGUAAAAAGAGUUGUGCUCUGCAUUCGCGGCGCAAGAGAAAUAAAGCACCUGUUUGACACAACUUUAUCAUAACAUUUCCCGAUCAGUCUUCACUGCAGAAUUACAGACUGUAAAAGCUAGUUACUAGCUACGAGACAGGCUAAAGCUAACUGAGUUAGCUUCAUGAAACCAGAGGUUUCCUAUCUACGGUUCGGAGCCACAAGGCCAGAAAAGUAUUGAUAACACUUACGUUAAAUUACAAGAGAAGUAAACAACUAAAAGCACGCCCUGGUAGCAGUCAACCACAACCUGAAAAUGAGCGAAGAACAGGAGGAGAGCAACAUAAGAGAGCCAUAUUAACAUUAUAUGACCAUAAUAGUGUCAUGGUGAGUCAAUAAGUGGAUUAAUCAACCUACUUUCACCUUCUAAAAUUAAUUCAGAAGAUGGUUAUGACUUGUUAAGGUUAAAUGCAGAUGCAAAAUUAAUUAAUUAAUGAAUUCAUUAAUUAAAUGUAGGUAAGGGUGCUACAUCAUUCAUUUACUCUAUGAUGGAUGCAAUAUAGUGUAGUAGGUGUUUGACCUCAUGAUGGCACUGUUGUCUGACGUAUGAAGACACACAGGUGCAUGUUAAAUCACAGUCACAGUGACGUGAUGGGUGUCAGGUUUCAUACAGAGUGGCACUGUCUUUGUCAUUAGAGGGUUUUGAUGACAGCAGCUCUGAGUGUGCACAAAUCAUGUUGUCAUGACCCUAAACAUGUGAUUGUGAAUAAUGAUUAUAUGCUGACUGAUUUGGGUUUAAAAAGGGUGAUCUUAUGAGAGGUUACAGCAGGUUAUACCGUAUAUGUAACAUACAAAGGAUAAACAUGAAAUUUAAAAGAUAUCCUGAAAAGUUUAUGAACAAUAUCAUUUUAUUAUUUGGGAUCAUCUGCAUAACAUAAUGUUAGGGUUAGAGCCAAAUGAGUGCCAACUGAGAUAUAAAAAUAAUGUGCCAGAUACACUAUUAGUUGCUAAAAUCCCUGAUAUGUGAACAGUGAUUUUGUAAUAUAGUUGAUGAAAACACAGAUGCUGGCCAAAGUUUGUAUGGUUUUUUUUUUUUUUUUUUUUUUUACAUGUGUGGCUUUUUUACAUGCACUGGAUCAUCAUUUUAUAAAUCAUAUCAGGGAUAGAGUCUCAGGUCCUGUCCUUGACUGGAUUUAAUCUGUCCAGUGUCUUCUUAUACUGAUCGACCAGAGGAUUAAAAAUCUUUCAAAGACUCUCUACUUUAGGGCGGCAUUGUAACAGAGUUGCUGUGUGUGUAUAUAUAAUGUAUUGAUGCAUGUUUUUAUACUGUUACCACAUUGUUUUACCAUUUUACCACUAAAUGGGUGUUUUUAAUUUUUCUUGUGCUCCUCUGUUUUCAGCACUGUGCUGUCUAUAAAGUGUAUUAUUAUAAUUAUUAUUAUUAUUUCUAUACAACCUUUUGUUCUAUACAACACUUCUCGCCCUCAACGGUCACCAUCUUGGCUACAUAGCGGAAGGGGAGGGACCACUUUUCACACUGGAAAUAGCGUUCGAGGACUGUGCGACUGUGAACGUUGCUGCAUUGUACAAAUACAAGUGUUUUUUUUCUGUUCUCGGGUAUAAGCCAGCAGUAUGUUUGUUGGGUUCAUUUAGCAGUCUCUAAUGAUUUGGUACCGCGAACGAUAACGGAAUGCUAAUGCUAGUUUGCUAACUAGUUCAUUUGCAGUCGUCAUUUCCGGUGAGUGCACAACAGCCAUGUUUGGUUUGAGACAACACUACCCUGUCGAACUUCGCACACUACACCAAUGAGUACACAGUGCACACAAUAUACUACAUAGAAGUGUACUAAUGGAAGUAUGUGAUUUGAGACACACCAACUGUGUACGCACAAAACGAGGCCUGAAAGAGGCGUGUGAUCUAUAAAAACAGACACGAUGGGAGAAGCUUUGACCCAUGCUUACCAGUGUUUUGGAGGCAGGAAAUUGGCAACCAAGAUGGUUGGAGAAACUGUCAAAUAUUUUUUGGUGCAUGUCAUAUUUGGCUGUUGUCUGUACAUAUGUUUUUAGUAUGAAUCCGACACACUGUUUCAUAAAUGAGCCCUGUGGAUACUAAGAGGCUGAGAUGCUGAAACUGUGAUUGAUAAUUAAAAAAAAAUCUAAUUAAA